GAGAAAUCUUGAGAGCCAACUGUCAACAGUAGCACGCAGCGAAGCAUGUCCGCUGAUGUGUUCCGCACUGUGGAUGGUGCAGAGGAAUGGAGGCAAGGUCUGCCGCAGCGAGCCGUGACGGACAACAUGCUGAGAUGGCAGAAACACUACAAGAUGCCUUGUGGAGCUCUUUGCUGCUUUUCUCCAGAUUGCGCAUGCAUCCGGUGCUCCAACUGUAGCAUGUCCUUAACCACAGUUCCGCCCAAGAGGCGCUUUCAAUGUAUGGAAUGUGAAGUGCUACCGCCGGAAUCCACUUUUGAUUCCCGGCCCGAGUAUUGCGAAUGCUGCUUUUCGUCAUGCGAUGUUUUGCAUUGGCACCGGCGAUUUCUUUUGGUAGACCAGGAUGGCGAACAUGUGGCAGUGGAGCGCUUGUGUGGCAUUGCCGAUUUGAGCUACAUAUCCCUCAAAGACUUUCCCACUAGAGAUGGAUUGGAGAAGGAGGAGGCAUGUGGGAUAUGUUGUAUGGAGUUUACAAGUGAGGACCCUGCCACCUGCGGUGUUGGAUGCAACUUUGGUCAUGGGGAAGGUGUUGCAGACGCACACCGCGGUGUGCUCGACUCGGGAGCUUUCUACCACGCGGAAUGUAGAAUGAGCUGGAUGAAAUCUCAGAAGACUGACAAGUACUGUGGCUCCCAGCUUCCAGUUUCCUGCAAAGUUUGUUUGUUCCAAGAAGACUGUAGAGCAUGGCAGAAAGACUUCCAGCGGGGCAUGGCGGCCAUCAAUGCUGGCGAAGCAGGUUGCUAUCAAGAUCUUCUUUUGUUCCUGACGCAAGAGUUCCAGAUCGAUGUUACAGGUUUCCCUGAAGACCUUUGCAAAGAGGAGCUACAAAGUUACUUUCGCUCAGCCUUGAAGCAGUUGCAUCCACAGCCAUGGCUCCAAUCAUUGAUAGAUGGCUUAUGAUGCCUUCACGCUCGCCUUUCUCAAUCCGGGAGGUGCUGGGCCCUUGCAGAACAUGUCGGCCCUUCGCAAGUCCAAGCAUUGAGCUCAUCAGUGCUCACCCAAACUUUACAACCAUCCCUGAAGAGAUAAUGCUUUACCAGCAAAUUGGACAUUUCAGGAGAACAAGUCUAGGUGAUCUAAGAUUUAUAAAGAUGCUUUUCAUAUCCUUCUUUUGGGAAGGACGUUGGCAGAUCAACGGGCUGUCAACUGCACAUUCGGACAGCAGCUUGAAAAUGUGCUCGAGCGGAGAAACAGAAGUGCCACACAACUCAAAUCUGCGAGAUACGAUUAAGACAAGCAAGUACCUAUGAGCUAGGAUCCUGACAACGCCAACUCUGGGGCGAUUCCCUCAUCACAUGUCACGUGCUCAGGGCAACAAACCAUUUGACCUGGUGCCAUGCGAACCUCCUUGAGGAUUCAUGGUCUGCAACUCCAAUCCUUCGUUGUAGACUCUGCAAGUCGGCGUGUUCAUCCCUGGUCUUUCCGUGAGUGCCGCCACUAAGAUGGAUUCGACACAGAAUCCAGUGUUUAGAAGAAUUUAUUUACUCUUGAGCUCUGUCUGGUCUGCAUGCUAGUCCCGCAGACUGCUGCUCGGAAUCAACUCUGAAUUAAUGCCUUUUUUGUAGACAUCCUGCGGAGGGCCACACUUCAUGAUAUACUCUGGAGUUCAUACCUUGGC